AUGUCACCACACAGCGAGGAAGUUGUGCUCACCAGCAAUGGUGCAGCCGACGUGGCGCUUCAUGGAAAUGCCCUCACGCCGACCAGCAAUGGCAGCAACAGAGCUGCUGAAGCCCCUGCUCCCACUCUUGCUCCUGACGCUCCUACCACUUCUGACGCCCCGCAACCCCUCACCUCCGCGUCGACCGCGACUUUGCCUACCAACAAGCCAAACGCCGAAGGCACAGGCGCCUCAUCGAACCGUGCCAGCACCAAUGGCAAUGGCGUGGCUACGCACCAUGCCAAGGCAAACUCGAAUGGGCAGGCAGUUCAAGAGCCACUCGGCAGCAAUGGUCGCGAAUUUCUCAACGGAGCAGCUCAGAGCUCGCCGUACCUGGUGCCUACGGCCCUCGAUUCCGAGUUUGAUCUUAUUUGCGUCGGCUUCGGUCCCGCCAGCUUGUCCGUUGCGAUAGCUAUGCACGAUGCCAUCGCUGCAGGUAGGAAGCUGUUGCCUGAUGGCUCUUAUCCCAAGGUCCUGUUUAUUGAAAAACAGAACCAGUUUGCCUGGCAUUCGGGCAUGUUGCUUCCUGGUGCAAAGAUGCAGAUUUCCUUUAUCAAGGACUUGGCUACCCUCAGGGACCCGCGGUCCGAGUUCACCUUUCUGAACUAUCUGCACCGCCAGGACCGUCUUGUCGACUUUACCAACCUGAGCACUUUUCUGCCAGCGCGUGUAGAGUACGAGGACUACCUUCGCUGGUGCUCUUCAUUCUUCACACGUCUGGCUCGGUUUGGCCAGCAGGUGGUGUCUGUGUCUCCCAACGACAACUCCAAGGGCCCGGUUCGUUCGUUCACUGUCCAGUCCCGAGAUACAGCUACUGGGCAAGCUCAUACAUACCGGGGCCGGCACGUGCUGGUGGCCGCGGGUGGCCAGCCUUCCAUGCCCAAGAACUUCCCUCUCAAGCACCCCCGUGUUGUUCAUUCUUCACAGUAUGCAAAUGUCAUUGGCGAGUUGAUACCCAAGACUGCCACAUCUUGCCGUGUCGUUGUUGUCGGCGCUGGUCAGAGUGCAGCCGAAAUCUUCAACAAUGUUGCGAGCCGAUUUCCCAACUCCAAGACCUAUCUCGUAAUGAGACCUGAGUUUUUACGUCCAAGUGACGAUUCUCCCUUUGUCAACACCGUCUUCAACCCCGAAUUCGUUGGCUCCCUUUACACCAAGUCUGCCAAGUACCGUAACAAUUUCCUCGCUGAGGCUCGUGCUACCAAUUAUGGCGUAGUGCGCUUGGAACUUAUUGAAGCCCUCUACGAACGAAUGUACGACCAGCGCCGAGAGCUCGGCGCGGACGAAAAGGCUUGGCCACACAGAAUCAUGGGCGGCAAGCAAAUCAUCAGCAUAGAGCCCCAUGGCGAAACCCUUGAGCUCAAGGUUCAAAGUGUUCAAGACGGCGCACUAGACGGUUUCAUCGAUGAUGCUGAUGUGGAGGUUAUCGAGGCCGACCUCGUCAUCGCCGCCACAGGAUAUCAGCGCAACGCCCAUGUUGGUAUGCUCAAGGACGCGUGGAACAUGUUGCCCAAAGCCGCUCCUGGCGGCUUGCAGUUUAGCAAAGGUAUCUCAGGAUGGAACGUGGAGACGGAACAGGGCGAGCGCAAGAUUGCAGUUGGCCGUGACUACAAAGUCAAGUUUGCCCCUGGAACUGUUGCUGAUGAAGCGGGAGUGUGGCUGCAAGGCUGCUGUGAGGGUACACAUGGGUUGAGUGAUACGCUUUUGUCGGUCCUAGCCACAAGAUCUGGAGAAAUCGUCGAUAGCAUCUUCGGAAGCCAGUAG